CAGAUCUCAGCAGGGCCGCGGGCAAGUGACGGCCCAGCCGCCAACAUCCUGAGAGCCGGAGCGCUGAGCAGGCAGGAGGGAGAGCACGGCCGGCCUCCGGGAGGGCGCAGGCGGCAUCACGAAGGCGGCUUUGAGGGCUCUUCCUCCCCCGCAGCCGCCUGCAGGCCGCUGGCGGGCAGCCCGGCACAGCCCUUAUCUGGGCCCACACUCCCCUGGGCCGGCUGAUACCUCCCAUCUCCCGGCCCAGCUGGCCCGGGCAGGAGGCUGGGCGGCACCGGCUCCCCUUCUGGCCCCCACAAGAAGCCUCUCCACGGUGCACUGCGGUGACACCUCCUCCCGCGCGACUGUCUGUGGCCGCGGCCCUGCACGGGGUCCAGGGAGAGCCGAGGUUAUCCCUGGAAGGACCAGAGCCACCCCGCGCAGUUCUCCUCGGCCCGGAGGUGUCUCUCCUUUGGGAGGACAGCAGAGCCCUGGCCACGCGAGGCGCAGCGGCCGCGCCUGUGUGUGUGAGUGUGAGUCCUCACUGCUCUCCCCGUCCUUCCUCCUCAGCCCAGCAGCAUGGCCGCGGCCACCCCGGUGACCAGCCUGGAAGAGGAGGUCAGCUGCCCCAUCUGCCAGGGCGUCCUCAGGGAGCCGGUCACCAUCGACUGCGGCCACAACUUCUGCCGCGGCUGCCUCACGCGGUACUGCGAGACCCCGGGCCCGGCCUCGGGGGCCCCCGCCUGCCCGCUCUGCAAGGAGCCUUUCCGCGCCGGCGGCUUCCGGCCCAACUGGCAGCUGGCCAGCGUGGUGGCGAACAUCGAGCGCCUCAAGUCGGGGUCCAGGCCGGGCGCGGGGGGCGCCUGCCCGGAGCACGGGGAGAAGCUCUACUUCUUCUGCGAGGAGGACGAGGCGCAGCUGUGCGCGCUGUGCCGCGAGGCCGCCGAGCACCGUGCCCACGCCGUGCGCUUCCUGGAGGAGGCGGCGGGGCCCUACCGGGAACAGAUACAGACGUGUCUUGAGUGUCUAAGAAAAGAGGCAGAGGAGAUUCAAGAAAUUCAGUCAAGAGAAAAUCAAAGGAUACACUUCCUCCUGACCCAGGUGGCCACCAGGAGACAAAGAGUGAUCUCUGAGUUCACACGCCUGCGCCAGUUCCUGGAGGAGCAGCACGGCGCUCUCUUGGCCCAGCUGGAGGGGCUGGAGGGGGACAUCUUGAAGCAACGGGAUGAGUUUGACAUGCUGGUCACUGGGGAGACGAGCCGGUUCAGCGCCCUGAUCACGGAGCUGGAGGAAAAGAAGGAGCGGUCGGCCAGGGAGCUCCUGACGAAUAUCAGGAGCACGCUAAUAAGAUGUGAAGCCAGAAAGUGCCGGAAACCAGAGGCUGUGUCCCCUGAGCUGGGCCAGAGGAUCCGGGACCUCCCCCAGCAGGCCCUUCUGCUGCAGAGGGAGAUGAAGGUGUUUCUGGAAAAACUCCGCUGUGAGUUGGACUAUGAACCAGCCCGCCCCUCCCUGGACCCCGGGACCGCCCACCCCAAGCUGCUGCUGUCGGAGGACCGCCUGGGGGCGCGCUUCUGCUACAAGUGGCAGCGCUCGCCCGACGGCCCCCAGCGCUUCGACCGCGCCACCUGCGUCCUGGCCCGCGCGGGCUUCACGGGGGGCCGGCACACGUGGGUGGUGCGCGUGGACCUGGGCCCGGGCGGCAGCUGCACGGCGGGCGUGGCCCUCGGGGCGCUGCCGCGGAAGGGCGAGCUGCGCCUGCGGCCCGCGGCGGGCGUGUGGGCCGUGCGGCUGGCGGGCGGCUGCGCCUCGGCGCUGGGCGCCUUCCCCACGCGGCUCGCGUUGCGGGAGCCGCCGCGCCAGCUGCGCGUGUCGCUGGACUACGAGGUGGGCUGGGUGACCUUCGCCAACGCGGCCACGCGGGAGCCCAUCCACACCUUCACGGCCUCCUUCACGCAGGAGGUGUUCCCCUUCUUCGGGCUCUGGGGCCGCGGCUCCAGCUUCUCCCUGAGCCCCUGAGCGGAGCCGGAGCAGCGGGGACAAGGCGGUGCCUGGGGCCGGCCGCCCAGCGCUGGCUCCGCGCCCGCCGCCUGCGCC